UCACAAUGGCGAAAGCAGCAGAGCAGAAACAAAACCCGACCGUUGCGAGUGCAGAAGCGAAGCUUGAUAUCCGCGACGUGGUCAACACAGCCAUCACUUACGGCGAAGAUAACCGUCACGGCGGCGGGAAACGCAAUGACGUGGCCAUGUUUGUGCUAAGAGCCAUGUGCAUGGCCGUAUCAACGGUGGCUGUUACGUUAAUGGUAACAGCACGCGAGACUAGCAUGACCACUCUCUAUGGCUUCGAGUUUCAGCUCCACGCCGUUUGGUCUCUCUCAGAUUCUCUUAUAUAUCUAGUUGUGGUUUCAUCGGCAACGGUUCUUUACUCGUUGAUUCAACUGAUUAUAAGUGGAACAAGACUAAUGAGAAAAUCUCCGGUGAUUCCGACAAGAACACAAGCAUGGUUUUGCUUCGUUGCAGAUCAGAUAAUAGGAUACGCAAUGGUGAGUGGAGGAUCUGCAGCUUUAGGAGUGACGAAUAUGAACAGAACAGGAAUCAGACACAUGCCUCUUCCUAAUUUCUGCAAAUCUCUUGGUUUCUUCUGUGACCAUCUCGCUGGCUCCAUCGUCUUCGCCUUAUUCGCGUUUCUCCUCCUCGCCGCUUCUUCACUUCUCGACGUUCUCCAUCUCUCACGCCACCGCUAAAAAUUUAAUUACUGUUUUACCCUCUUGUACUUCUCGUCGUUAAUUAAGUUUUUCAUCAUUACAAUAAUCAUUUACGUUAUGGGGUUGCUUUUUGGAAUUUGAUUGUUUCAAUCGAUAUUACCGAAUUUCAAUGUUUUGAAUUUUGUUGACCAUGUUCCAUAUACACGAC